CCACCGUUUGUCAAUAAGAAAGAUAUAACAGUUUUGGCUUCACUUAGCGCGUUCAUAUUUUUAAAAUAAUCGGUUUGGUUUGUUCUGACAAUUACAAAGUUUUGCGCAAUGGCCGCUGAAAAUGCAAAUCCACAGAGAGAAGUUCGAUCUUUUCUAAUGCCCCGAGAUCCAAGCAUCGACAGAAGAUUUCGUCCACGUCCUCAAAAACGAGAACGCUUGUUUGUUACAGUCAAUGAAGAAAAUGACUACGAAAGUGGUAGUGAUGGUGAAAGUUGCGAAUCGGAUGGCGAAUAUUCCUUAGGUGCUCCAGAAUCUAUCGAUUCAUCUGGUAGUGUCGAAUCGGGCGCUUUGGUCUAUUUACGCCUUAGGCCUGUUGAUGUUCCUUCGCCUGCGUACAGCAUUUCGGAGGAUGGAAAUGUUUUGGUAACAAGACCACCUUCAGAAUCCUCCAGUUCCAGCAAUAAUAAAAAUUCAAUGGAAAAACAAUACAGUUUUUCAGGCAUAUUCGAUGAAACUGUUAGCCAGCGAGAUGUAUAUGAACGAUGCAUAGGACAAAAGAUAGAGAUCGAAGAGAGUUUCACAGUGUUGACAUAUGGUACUUCUGGAUCGGGCAAGACGUUCACAUUGCUUGGAGAUGCUUAUCGCCCCGGUGUCAUUCCUCGCUCUUUGGAAAAUAUAUUUAGUCAAUAUCAAACUAAUAUAUAUCCUAACCCAGCCUUGAAGUUGUUGAAUGGCCGCAUCACUGUUUUGGAUGACGAAAUGGCGAGCAGAGAAAAUAUUUUGCGACUAAAAAUUCUUAAUGGAUGCCCAGAAUUUGAGGGCGAUUACGCGAAUAUGCAGAAUUGCAUUAUCAAUGAUCACAAAUUUGUCCCACUUGCUUUAGACACUAGUGUAUCUGUUCUUAUCUGGGUGACAUUCGUCGAGAUUUAUAAUGAACUGGUAUAUGAUCUAUUGGCACCGACCAAUCCCAACUCAUCCAAAACGAAAAAUACUACAACACGAAAGAAUUUAAAAAUUGUUUGCAAUGAUGGCAACGUGUUUAUUAAAGGCGUAACAUCGGUUUAUGUAAAAAGUAGCGAGGAAUCUCUAAGACUACUGAGGGCAGGUCUGCAAAAACUUACCUAUGCUUCGACAUCGAUUAACGCCAAUUCAAGUAGAUCUCAUUGUAUAUUUUUUGUGGAUGUCCUUAAAUACUUUCGAUCUGGCGUUAUUAGUGAAACUUCAUACAAAUUUUGCGAUUUGGCUGGAUCUGAACGAUUGGACAAAACUGGCAAUAUGGGUUCAAGACUAAAAGAAGCCCAACGAAUAAAUACUUCACUGAUGGUGUUAGGAAGAUGCUUAGACGCAGCUAACAGUAUCUCUGCUGGAAAAGGCGAUCGUGUACCAUUCAGAGAGUCGAAACUAACCAUGCUUUUGCAAGCUGCUCUUUUGGGAAAGGAAAAGUUGACAAUGAUUGUAAAUGUGACUCCCACAGACAAAUACUACGAGGAGAAUCUUAAUGUUCUUAGUUUUGCUGCUAUAGCAAGAAACAUUAUAUUUAAAGCGCCAGUUAUAAAACAGAACCAGUCACGUUAUUCUGUUAUUGGAGAAAAGCCAGAUAAUGAUUACGUUCAACAGUUGCUGGAAAAGAUUGCUUGGCUUCGUAGCGACAAUGAACUGCAAAAUCAACAAAUUGAAGAAUUAAUGGACAAAAAAACACAAUUACGUGAAGAGAUUUUACGUCUCUCAAAUCAACAUGCUGAUGAAUUGGCAAAACAAGAACAUGAGCUGCGCACCGAGUUAGUAGAAUAUUUUAGGAAAACUCUCGAAGAAAAUAGAAAAAAGCAUGAAAUGCGCUUACAAAGCGAGCUUGAAAGUCAAAAGCGUAUCUUUGAAUCGCGCAUCGAAUUCUUGAAGCGUAAAUACGAGGAUGAGCUUGAAGAAUUGCGAGAGGAAAUUGAAGAUUUGGAGAAAGAAGCAGAAAAGGAGAAUAUGGAACCAGGAAAUAGCAAAAAACGUCGCACUACAGAUUAAAUAAAAUAUUUUUUUUAUUAAAAUUCACAUUAUUAUAACUUAUAUGUACAGUCCGAAUGGGACAUUUUUGUUUCUACUUUUUUAAAUAAAACUGUAAUAAACUUAAUAA